AGAAUGAAUAUCAAACGCCGUUUUAACGCCUCAUAGCAAGAUAGAUAGGUUGUAGGGGUAUGUGGAAGGAGGGGUUCGUUUCCUCUGUGGGUGAGAGAUGAAACGAAGCGCUCCGUGUGUGUGUGUGUGUGUGUGUGUGUGUGUGUGUGUGUGUGGAUGCAUUAGUCAUUACUUUGAGAACAAGAACGCAGAAGUCAAAAAUGAAAGCAGAAACAGGGUUCACUCAAUCUGUCAUGGAAUAUCUCAUCUUGCGUAACUUCGUUGCAGUAGUAAAGAAGGAAAGAGAUUGAAAGAGUCUCUUUUCUUCCUGA